UAAGGAGCCUUCACGGAGUUCUUUUUGUUUUUCAUUGGUGGUCGUCUGGUUAAUUUAUCCAGGAGUUGCAACAGCUCCCCCAAAUCAGACAGAGCCCUUAACUGUCAACGAGGGAUGCAGACCGUCCCCUGCCGAAGUCCUGGGGUACUGGUUUGCAGUUGGCCUUUGGACCACGCGGCUCCGCAUCCAGGCUUCAACCACUGUUAAAAGGCGAAGUCCCGCGACCCUUGCAGCUCCACUCUCGCAAAUCUGCGGGAGCACCGAGCCAUCCCGCCCUCCGCGGGCUGGCCGGCCUGGACCUGGACGCCUGUCCUGCGCAGCCGAGGUCCCCCAGCGCCCCCUACAGCCGCGCGCUGGGGGAGAUGGCGCCGGGGCCUGCGCCUGACGCCACGCCCGGGACCCACCCAGCACCCAGCGCCCCGGGACAGCGCGAGCACCAGCACCUCCCGGCUGCAGAAACGGGGCGUGGGGCCCAGCGGGCGUGCUGCAUCCCAGGCCGCCCCCAUCGCUCCGCCCGCGGCGUCCCCACUUCUCCUCCCUCUCUCUGUCCCUCCCUCGCUCGCUCCCUUCCUCCCUCCAGCCCGCCAGCGCCGGACAAGCUGCGCCUCUUCUCUUGGGGCGCUCGUCCCUGCGGCCGCCCGUCGCAUCCCGCGAAACUUUGGGACAGUAGCCAUUUGGUGUUGAAUGUUCCCCUCAGAGAGCGCAUGGCUGGGGAAGCGAGGUGCGGGCCGGGUCCCCGAGGGCCCGCCGUCCGGGAGGCGGUGCUUCUGCUCCUGUGUCUGGGGGUCCCGAGCGGGCGCCCCUACAACGUGGACACCGAGAGCGCGCUGCUUUACCAGGGGCCCCCCAACACCCUGUUCGGCUACUCGGUGGUGCUGCACAGCCACGCGGCGAACCGAUGGCUCAUAGUGGGGGCGCCCACGGCCAACUGGCUCGCCAAUGCUUCAGUGGUCAGUCCCGGAGCGAUUUACAGAUGCAGGAUAGCAAAAAAUCCAGACCGGACAUGCGAACAACUCCAGCUGGGUAGCCCUAGUGGAGAACCUUGUGGAAAGACUUGCUUGGAAGAAAGAGACAAUCAGUGGCUGGGGGUCACGCUUUCCAGACAGCCAGGAGAAAACGGAUCUGUUGUGACUUGUGGACAUAGAUGGAAAAAUAUAUUUUAUAUAAAGAAUGAAAAUAAGCUCCCCACAGGAGUUUGCUAUGGAAUGCCCUCUGAUUUACGAACAGAAUUAAGUAAAAGAAUAGCUCCAUGUUACCAAGAUUAUGUGAGAAAAUUUGGAGAAAAUUUUGCAUCAUGUCAAGCUGGAAUAUCUAGUUUUUAUACAGAGGCAUAUAUAUUCAGCAUUGAUGCCAAAGAACUAAAUAUCUUACAUGAAAUGAAAGGUAAAAAGCUCGGCUCUUAUUUUGGAUCUUCUGUCUGUGCCGUGGACCUCAAUGCAGAUGGCUUCUCAGACCUGCUGGUGGGAGCCCCCAUGCACAGCAUCGUCAGGGAGGAGGGCAGAGUGUUUGUGUACAUCAACUCCGGCUCGGGAGCAGUAAUGAAUGAAAUGGAAACAGAACUUGUUGGGAGUGACAAAUACGCUGCGAGAUUUGGAGAAUCUAUAGUUAAUCUUGGCGACAUUGAUAAUGAUGGCUUUGAAGAUGUUGCUAUUGGAGCUCCACAAGAAGACGACUUGCGAGGCGCUAUUUAUAUUUACAAUGGCAGAGCAGAUGGAGUAUCAUCAGCAUUUUCACAGAGAAUUGAAGGACUCCAAAUCAGCAAAUCAUUAAGUAUGUUUGGACAGUCUAUCUCUGGACAAAUUGAUGCAGAUAAUAAUGGAUAUGUAGAUAUAGUGGUUGGUGCUUUUCGGUCCAAUUCUGCUGUAUUGCUAAGGACAAGACCUGUAGUGAUUGUUGAAGCUUCUUUAAACCAUCCUGAGUCAGUAAAUAGAACAAAUUUUGGCUGUAUUGAAAAUGGAUUGCCAUCUGUGUGUAUGGAUCUAACCGUCUGUUUCUCAUAUAAGGGCAAGGAGGUUCCAGGUUAUAUUGUUUUGUUUUAUAACGUGAGUCUAGAUGUGAACCGGAAGAUAGAGUCUCCAUCGAGAUUUUACUUUUCCUCUAAUGGAACAUCUGAUGUGAUCACCAGAAACAUAAAGGUGUCAAGCAAAGCAGCUAACUGUAGAACACAUCAAGCCUUUAUGCGGAAAGAUGUACGGGACAUCCUCACCCCAAUUCAGAUCGAAGCUACUUACCACCUUGGGCAUCAUGUCAUCAAUAAACGAAGCACAGAGGAAUUUCCACCACUUCAGCCAAUUCUUCAGCAGAAGAAAGAAAAAGACAUAAUCAAAAAAACUAUAAACUUUGCAAGAUUCUGUGCCCAUGAAAACUGUUCUGCUGAUUUACAGGUUUCUGCAAAAAUUGGGUUUUUGAAGCCACAUGAAAAUAAGACCUAUCUUGCUGUUGGACGUAUGAAGACAUUAAUGUUGAAUGUGUCCCUGUUUAAUGCUGGAGAUGAUGCAUAUGAAACAACUCUGCAUAUCAAACUACCUGCUGGUCUUUACUUCAUUAAGAUCUUAGAUCUGGAAGAGAAACAAAUAAACUGUGAAGUAACAGACAGCUCUGGCAUAGUAAAACUUGACUGCAAUGUUGGUUAUAUAUAUGUAGAUCAUUUAUCAAGGAUCAAUAUUAGCUUUCUCCUGGAUGUGAGCUCAUUCAACAGAGCAGAAGAGGAUCUCAAUAUCACAGUGCACGCUGCCUGUGCAAAUGAAGGGGAAAUGGACAACCUGAAGCGUAACAAACUAACUGUAACAAUACCUCUCAAAUAUGAAGUCAUGCUAGCUGUUCAUGGGUUUGUAAACCCAACUUCAUUUGUAUACGGACCAGGGGAUGAAAAUGAGCCCGAAACGUGCAUAGCAGAGAAAAUGAACUUCACUUUCCAUGUCAUCAACACUGGCUAUAGCAUGGCUCCAAAUGUUAGUAUGGAAAUAAUGGUACCAAAUUCUUUUAUCCCCCAAACCGAGAAGCUGUUCAACAUUUUGGAUGUCCAGACUACUGCUGGAGUAUGUCACUUUACACCUUACCAAAGAAAGUGUGCAUCAGAGCAGCAAAAAGGUGCAGUGGAGACCCUGAAAGACAUAUUGAAGUUCUUGUCAAAGACUGAUAAGAGGCUACUGUUCUGCAUAAAAGCUGAUCCACAUUGUUUGAAAUUCUUAUGCAAUUUUGGGAAAAUGGAAAAUGGGAAAGAAGCUAGUGUUCACCUGCAGCUGGAAGGCCGGACAUCCAUUUUAGAAAUGGAUGACACUUCAGCUCUCAAGUUUGAAAUAAGAGCAACAGCUUUUUCAGAGCCAAAUCCAAAAGUUAUUGAACUUAACAGGGAUGAGAAUGUUGCACAUGUUCUGCUUGAAGGACUACAUCAUCAAAAACCCAAACGUCAUUUCACUAUAGUGAUUAUUACAAGUAGCUUGUUACUCGGACUUAUUUUACUUCUACUGAUUUCCUAUGUUAUGUGGAAGGCUGGCUUCUUUAAAAGACAGUACAAAUCUAUCCUACAAGAAGAAAACAAAAGAGACAGUUGGAGUUAUGUUAACAGUAAAAGCGAUGAUGAUUAAAGACUUCUUUCCAAUUAAGAGAACUAACAACAGACUCAGGUUAUACUAAAGACAUUGUUUACAAGAAACUACUAAUUUUGCUGAGACUUCUUCCACUUGUGACCUUGUGGCAUGUUAUGUAUUAAUGCGAAUGAAAAAUCCAAGUAAUAUUCAAAAACCCAAGCAAUGUCUUCGAGAGAAAACCUGCAAAGGUAAUAUUUAAUAUAUCCAAAGGUAAUCUUUCAGCUCUUAAAUGGAUAGAAAAACACUAAAGCAUUCAAUUCAUUCAAGAUAAGUAAUCCCUCGAAGAUAUCUUGCAAUGUAAAUGCAACGGAAUUAAAUCAUCAUAUUGCAGAGGUAAACAACUCGACUGGAGAAGUCUUGGGCUUGAAAUAUCAUUCCUUUAAGAGAACUAUUUGUCAUAUGUGCUUGCUUCAGUAAAAUUAAUUCCACUGAAUAGGUAAUGAUUCAUUUCUGAGAUCUGUUUGAAAAAUUCUGCUAAAUAUUUUUAAAGAACAUAAUUCAAAGAGCUGUUCGCAAAUUUUCUAAUGAAUAAAAGGGAACCAUUAUUUUA